AUGAGCUUGAUAUUAUUCUUCAAUAGUACAAUUAGUAUUAUGUCUAAGGCUACAAAGUUUAACACAACCAAACACUCCGUCACAAAUAUGGGUUCCAAAAGAAGACUUUCAGAACACGAGCAUCCAGAUCCAGUCAAGACAUCAGUUCCUGAAGUUGCCGCUGAAAUUGCUGAAGAAAAGUUAAAGACACAUCCAAUCCCACCACCAUCCCCAUUAACCCAUCAUGAUGCAGGUGAAUUCAGUGGCUUGGUGCGCCAUCAAACUACUGCCGAGCAGGCUGAAGCUUUGGAAAAUGCACAAGUGAACCCAUUCACUGGUAGAGACUUUACACCUAAAUAUUUCGAUAUCUUGAAGAUUAGACGUGAUCUACCUGUCCAUGCUCAAAGAGCAGAAUUUUUAAAAAUUUAUCAAGAGAAUCAAAUUAUGGUGUUUGUUGGUGAGACCGGUUCUGGUAAGACCACUCAAAUUCCUCAAUUUGUUCUUUUUGAUGAAAUGCCACAUUUAGAAAAUACGCAAAUCGCAUGUACUCAACCUCGACGUGUUGCAGCCAUGUCUGUGGCACAGAGAGUCGCUGAAGAAAUGGAUGUUAAAUUGGGUGAAGAAGUUGGUUAUUCUAUUAGAUUUGAGAAUAAAACUUCCAAUAAGACAAUUUUGAAAUAUAUGACCGAUGGUAUGUUAUUAAGAGAAGCAAUGGAAGAUCAUGAUUUAACCCGUUAUUCCUGUAUCAUCUUAGAUGAAGCGCACGAACGUACUUUGGCCACAGAUAUCCUUAUGGGGCUUUUGAAGCAAGUUGUCCAAAGAAGACCAGAUUUAAAAAUUAUUAUUAUGUCUGCUACUUUAGAUGCUGAAAAGUUCCAACGUUACUUUGGUAAUGCUCCAUUGUUAGCCGUCCCUGGUAGAACAUUCCCAGUGGAACUUUACUAUACUCCUGAAUUUCAAAGAGAUUAUCUUGAUUCUGCCAUUCGUACGGUUUUGCAAAUUCAUGCUACAGAGGAAGCUGGUGAUAUUUUACUUUUCCUCACUGGUGAAGAUGAAAUUGAAGAUGCCUGUAGGAAAAUAUCUUUAGAAGGUGAUCAAUUAGUUAGGGAUGAAGGAUGUGGUCCCUUAUCCGUAUAUCCAUUAUAUGGUUCAUUACCACCUCAUCAACAACAGCGUAUUUUUGAACCUGCUCCUGAAUCACAUAAUGGUAGACCAGGAAGAAAGGUGGUUGUUUCUACCAAUAUUGCGGAAACUUCUUUGACUAUUGAUGGUAUUGUGUAUGUGGUGGAUCCAGGUUUCUCAAAGCAAAAAGUCUAUAAUCCAAGAAUUAGAGUGGAAUCAUUGUUAGUAUCUCCUAUUUCCAAGGCAUCUGCACAACAGAGAGCCGGUCGUGCUGGUCGUACUAGACCAGGGAAAUGUUUCAGACUAUAUACGGAAGAGGCUUUCCAAAAGGAAUUAAUCGAACAAAGUUAUCCUGAAAUUUUACGUUCCAAUUUAUCAUCAACAGUGUUAGAAUUGAAAAAAUUAGGUAUUGAUGAUUUAGUUCAUUUUGAUUUUAUGGAUCCACCAGCACCAGAGACUAUGAUGAGAGCAUUGGAAGAAUUGAACUAUUUAGCAUGUCUUGACGAUGAGGGUAAUUUAACCGCCUUAGGUAGAUUAGCAUCUCAAUUCCCACUAGAUCCUAUGUUAGCUGUGAUGCUAAUUGGUUCUUUUGAAUUCCAAUGUUCACAAGAAAUCUUAACCAUUGUGGCCAUGUUGUCUAUUCCAAAUGUUUUCAUUCGUCCCUCAAAGGACAAGAAACGUGCAGAUGAUGCUAAGAAUGUGUUUGCCCACCCAGACGGUGAUCAUAUUACUUUGUUAAAUGUGUAUCAUGGAUUCAAAUCAGAUGAAGCUUAUGAAUACGGUAUUCAUAAGUGGUGCCGCGAUCAUUAUUUGAAUUAUAGAUCUUUGUCUGCAGCCGAUAAUAUUCGUAGCCAAUUGGAGAGAUUAAUGGUUCGUUAUAACCUGGAGUUGAAUACCACAGAUUACGAAAGUGCCAGAUAUUUUGAUAAUAUUAGAAAGGCAUUAGCUUCCGGUUUCUUCAUGCAAGUUGCUAAGAAGAGAUCUGGUGGUAAGGGUUACAUUACCGUUAAAGAUAAUCAAGAUGUGUUGAUCCACCCAAGUACAGUGUUGGGACACGAUGCCGAAUGGGUCAUAUACAAUGAAUUUGUGCUAACGUCUAAGAAUUAUAUAAGGACGGUUACAUCUGUGAGACCCGAAUGGCUAAUUGAACUGGCACCUGCCUAUUUUGAUUUAGAUAAUUUCCAAAAGGGUGAUGUGAAAUUAUCACUAGAAAGAAUUCAACAAAAGAUGGAAAGAAUCAGUGAAAUAAGUGGUAGUAAAGACAAGCACAAGAAGAAGAGUAAAAAGGAGAAGAAGUAA